UGGGCCGCGGCCCCCUGGAGCCCGGAGGGCGUGUCCCCCCGCCGGGGGCUCGCCGCGCCUAUAAGGGGCCGGAGCGGCGGCGGCGCGGACAUGCAGCUCUACAGCCCGGGCUUCAGCCACUACCCCUCGGGGGGACCCGCCGCCGCCCCCUCCCCGCCCUCGGCGGCCACCGCCCCCUUCAAGGUCUCCUUGCAGGCUCCGGACGCCGCCGCCGCCGAGGCCGCCGGCGCUGAGUGCCUGCCCGUCGCCCCUCCGGCCGCCGAGUCCCGAGAGGCCGCCGCCGCCACCGCGAUGCCCGCCUUCUCCUCGUGCUUCGAGAUGGUGCCGCCGGGCGCCGCCGCCCCUGCAGCCGCCGCUGUCGGCGGGUCGUGCAAGCCGCCGCUGCCCCCGCCGCCGCCUCCGCCGCCGCCGCACUACACGUCCACGGCGCAGAUGAGCGUGCGCUGCCUGGGCCCCGAGCGCCGGCCGCCCGAGCCGCCGCGCCGCUGCUCGUCGUCCGCCUGGCUCCUGGAGGAGCUGCUCAAGCCGGGCCCCGAGGCCGGCCCACGCCCGGACGGGCCCGAGCGAAACUUCCGUCUGAGCGAGCACCAGCAGGCCCUGGCCGCCGCCAGGCCCCGCGCCGCCGCCGCCCCGGAGCCCCGCGAGGGCAGCCCCCGGCGCUGGGAGGCUGCCUCGGCCGCGCCCCGGGCCCGCGCCGAGCCGGCCCCCGCGCCCCGCGCCCCGGAGCCCCCAGGCCGCGGCGCCCCCUCCCCCGGCGCGGCGGCCCCCGCGGGCCCCAAGGACGAGAAGCUGGCCCUGUAUCUGGCCGAGGUGGAGCGGCAGGACAAGUACCUGCGGCAGAGGAGCAAGUACCGUUUCCACAUCAUUCCCGACGGCAACUGCCUGUACCGGGCCGUGAGCAAGGCGGUGUCGGGCGACCAGAGCCAGCACCGGGAGCUGCGAGAACAGACCGUGCACUACAUCGCCGACCACCUGGACCACUUCGGCCCCCUCAUCGAGGGCGACGUGGGCGAGUUCAUCAUCGCCGCGGCGCAGGACGGGGCCUGGGCCGGCUACCCGGAGCUGCUGGCCAUGGGGCAGAUGCUCAACGUUAACAUCCACUUAACUACGGGAGGGCGGCUGGAGAGCCCCACGGUCUCCACCAUGAUCCACUACCUGGGCCCCGAGGACUCGCUCCGGCCUAGCAUCUGGCUGAGCUGGCUCAGUAACGGGCACUACGAUGCUGUGUUCGAUCACUCGUACCCCAACCCGGAGUAUGACAAUUGGUGCAAGCAAACUCAAGUGCAGAGGAAGCGGGACGAAGAGCUCGCCAGGUCCAUGGCCAUCUCCCUGUCCAAGAUGUACAUUGAGCAGAACGCCUGCUCCUGAGAGGGCCAGCUGGGGGGGAAUGCGCUUACUCGGUUUGCGUUUGGAAAUUUACACUGAUUCUAAUCAGGGUUACAGCACUUUUUAAACUUACUAGAUUUACUGUAGGUGUGAUGCCUUAAUCAUUUUGUUGGAACAAAAUUUUUUUUCCCCGGAGCUGAAGGUUGCAGCGCACCUGAAUGAUGUUUUAUGAUAGCCUUGAGUAGUCUUAAUGCUAUUUAUAAUUUGUUGUAUAAAGUUAGCACCACUUUAUUUGCAAGCUGAUUUUCUCAUAGUGUAUAUUUGUUUAUUCCUGGUAAUCUAUUUUCUAUAAAAAUGUAUUUUUGCACAAUAUUUUUUAAGAUUGGUGUACCUCCAUUUAUGAUGUCUCAUUUUGGCAAAUGGCUUUUGGGCAGAGACCCAGAGAAGUACUUUGUAUAAAGCUUAUUUUGUACAGAAUUUGUGUUCUUUUAUGCUAUGUGGGAUUUGAACUUUACAUUUAUUCUUUCAAAUGAAAUUGAUGUCAUUGGUGUUACCAGAUAAUUGAUCCAUUCCAUCUUGAGGAGAAGAAUUUCUUGAUUGGAAACUGUAGGAUUCUUUAAGAAAAGGAAAAGCUUUUAAAAAAAAUUGGGGGAUAGGAAAUGAGGUAGAGGAAAAACAUUUUGUCUAAAGGGCAGAACAAGUUCUGACUGAUUGAGGUCCAUGUUCAUUGGUAUAGUGAUUCUGUACUUUGAUUACUGUGUAAAGUGGCCUCUGAUUGUCUGGUGCUCAGUUUUAUUUAUUUUUCAUUUGUUACAAUAGGAUUUUAACAUAGGAUAAAAUGUGGUAACAAGAUAAUAGUCUUCUGCUUUUAUAAUAAGUGUCUCUGAUUCACCUUGGGUAUUUUGAAAUUAACAGUAUAAAUGCCCUUGACAGCAAUUAAAUUGUGGCAGGAGAAUAUUAUCUUUGUACUUUGUUCCUUUGAAAUACUUUCAAGGAUAAAAUGGAAUUGUCUGGUGUUAUGUAAAGCUAUCUGAAAAGAGCUUGUAUGGUUUGCUGGGUCAAACGUUUCCAACUUAAAAGCUAUCUUGUUUCCAAUUUUAACUACUUUUAGUCAUAUUUAUUAAGUAAUGCAGUUUGUACUUUUUUAUUUUGUAAUAUUUUGUGAUUUUUUUGACUUUUUACUGUAUUUGUAUAAUAGGACUAUUCUCAGCUAAUGGAAUGAAUAAAUGCAUACUUUUAAUUUUA